UUAGCCACACUGCUGCAGACGUGGGUUGCUCCUCUUUAUUUCACUAUCAGACUUUGCUGGUGGAGGUGCCCAUCCAUGUGGGGAAUGCUCUCAGUUACUACCAGUUACAUCACUUUCAGAGCAACCUGCAAGCCUCUCUUGGGAAGAAUGCCACAAUAUGUUGGUCUACAAAUGCUACUCCUAAUCUAUAAACUGAGUUAUGUAAUUGGAAUUGUGGGCUCUCUAGCCAUAAAGGUUACCAUGUUUGGAUUUAAUUUAUUCUUUAGUCUGGUGCCUGAUGACUCCAUGGAUUUUUGUGUAAUGCAGCUUUUUCACAGAGUGUACUAUGGAGUGAUGGGAAGAGACUUUGCAGAGAUUUAUUCUGACUACAUGAUUUCCACCAUUGGUUUUUACAUCAGUGGCAUGCCAACAAUGACAGUCUGCAGGCAGAAAAUUUUUGUGGAUAUAAAUGAAGAAGGGAUCAUUGAAAAUACCUAGCAGCUGUCCUGUAAUCAUGUGUUUCAUUAAUUCUGCAUCUGCAAUUGGUGCAUUGCUGGCAAGAAACAGACUUGCCCAUACUGCCCUGAGAAAGUUGAUUUGAAAAGGAUGUUAAGCCCAUAUCCUUAAACUCAUAUGCUUUAUAGACAAUGUUUGGAUUUGCUGUGCUACAUGGUGGUUUGGCAACUGGUUGUUGUAGGCCUCAUCCAAGGCAUUAAUUACUCACUGGGUCUAGG